UGGAUUAACACAGUACACUGGAACUUCGGGACCGCAGAUCGUUCCCAGUCUGGCGUCCGCCAAGCUUGUCGUUCCGCUCCUCGUUGCUGCACAUCAAAAUGCUACUGUCCCUGCGGAGGACGGGCAGCACGAAGCAGCUUCUAUGAGGUGUCUUAGGAAGAAGAUGAGCCAGGUCUUCUCGCUGACCCACCGAUACAAACGGGCCCUACAAAUAAUGGCGAUCGUCACCUUCCUGAUCUACAUGACACUGGUCCUGUACCAGAACGUCUACGGCUACAACAGCGCAGGCAAUAGUGUACAGGAACUGCAAUACAACUCGCUGGAUCCGGCGGCUACAGAAAAUGUGAUAUCAAAACGGGAUAACGGUGUAGUUAAUAGUGAUGUUCUUAGUGGUGGUGCUAGUGAGGAUGAUACCCCGAAUGGUAGCGCCCGAGUGGCCAAAAUUGGCGCCAAUAGAUUUAAUAGGAAUAGCAAACCGACCCGGUCGGACUACUACGAUUCGGGCUACCCGAAUGGGCAGCAGUCGGUCACGGGGACGCCGAAGCCGCCGACGACCGAGCUCGACGAUCUGCUGAUCAGCGUCAAGACGACCAAGGGUUACCACGACACGCGGCUGGAGAUGAUCACCAAGACGUGGUACCAGCUGGCGAAGGAACAGACGUGGUUCUUCACCGACACCGACGACCAGCACUACCAGAAGCUGACGAAUGGGCACAUGGUCAACACCAACUGUUCGCAAGGACACUUCAGGAAGGCGCUCUGCUGCAAGAUGGGAAAGGAGUUCGAGUUCUUUCUCGACAGUGCCAAAAAGUAUGUAACGCAACAUGAAAUUGACUGACUGUCCUAUAUUUGUAAGUUUAAUAUUUAGAAGGAAUGAAAUAUUACAAAUGAGAUUGAAAUUUGCGAAGCUUUUCUCGCGGAAGCUUACC